AUGAUAUAUUUUUUCUUCAAUAUUAAAAAAGCAAAUUGCAUUAAUCUCUCAAAUUUGACACUUUCCCUUUAGUCUAAUUAAAUUGGUGCAGAAUAGAAGAAUAGAAUAGAAAUACUCGCACAUAUAAAUGCACUCAGAAUACAUCUUAAAAUUAAUUAUAUUUUAUUUUAUUUUAUUUUUUUUUCAUUAUAAUUUUUUAUAUAUUUUUCUUUAUAUUAUUAUGUAUUUAUUAAGUGUUUUUAUUUUUUCUUUUUCAUUUUAUAUGCUUUACAUAUGAAUUUAAGAAAUUUCAUAUUUUACAGUCUAAUGGAAAUUAAAUUGGUACAAUUGGUGCAUCAGGCUUAGGUUGUGCUUUAGCAAAUUGCAUUAAUCUCUCAAAUUUGA